AUGGAACUUUUUGGUUUAUAUAUCUUACCAGCUAAAAAGCCGACGAGAGAUGUCUCAAAAGCGGUAAUAUAUGACUUUUUCUAUAACUUUCUGAAGCACCAAUAUAGUAAUAAGGUGUCUUUAGCAUACACGGACACUGAUUCGUUAAUAGUACAUGUUGAAACCGAUAAUUUCUAUGAAGACAUGAAAUCACACGUGCAUUACUUUGACACAUCCAAUUAUGAUGCUGACAACCCACAUAACAUGCCUCGAACAGCGUCAGAGUUGGGUAAGAUGAAAGACGAAUAUGGUGGCAAGGUACUGUCUGCCUUUUAUGGUACAGGUCCCACAGCAUACUGUAUCGAUGCUGUAGAUCAAGUGGCUAAACGAGCUAAAGGUACAUCUAAGGCGAGUGUGAAACAUCAAUUACAUUUGUUACAUUAUAAAGAUAUUGUUGAGGAGAAACGGACAUAUGUGUACUGUACGAUUUAUGUAUUUAAAUCGGAGUCGCACAAUAUAUACACAAAUUAUAUAAGAAAAGUGACAUUGACCAGUAUGGAUGAUAAACGUUUCUUGAUACCAAACUCAACAAAGACAUUAGCUUGGGGUCAUCAAGAUAUCACCUUUCAUAAAAUGUCGGACGGAGAGCGGUUGGAACUCUUGCUGCGCUUAAUGAACGAAGCCAGUGAGUUGACUAGUGAUCAGAUGAAAUGA